AACUUUUGACACUGUUAAUAACAUUUUUGACUGAAGGGCCGCCAUAAAUCAUGUUUUCCCCUCACUGGCCUGCGGGAUAUAUUUAUUCCAGCUGUAGAACAAAUCAUUUGUUGUUCUUCAGUUUGUGACGGCUCCGUCCGAACCCUCCGUGAUAUCGCAAACCAGGAAGUGGCAGCUUCCCAACGUCUACGACAAGCUGGCUGGUAGUUCACGCAAUGAAAGAACUUAUACAUUGGAAAACAUAAAAGACGGUGUUGUUAUUUAACAACGAAGUAGGUCAUUUGUGCGGCUGAGCGUCGUUUUUGAAGAUAAAUUUCAUUGUAACGACUCGAGACCGGAAGGACUGCUAGCAAGCUUGUUGUUUAGCUAUCUGGCAGAAUUGUCGACAGCUAACAGUCAACGUUAGCAGGUGUUGUGAUGGCUGUGCCGCACAUACAGUUGUCCGUUGCAGUAAUUUUACUCUUAGUGCUGCUGUCGGGGUGUAACGCGAGGAUACACAAGCUCAGGCUAGAGAACGAGACACGGUUUGCCAUUGACCUCAACAAUUUUGGUUUCUUUGCAAAUGGAUUUCUGAAUGUGAGUCUGUCCUCCCUGUGGAUCAAUGACACUGUGAACUACAACCUCUUCCCAGUUGGCUUCAGCCUGUCCAGGUCUCGAGUUAAUGGGGUGUUGUCGUACACAGCGGAGGAGACCGAGGCGUGCCCGCCCACGAAGACCACCAACGACGAACCUCUCAUUCUUUUUCUCAUUGACAGCAAGCAUCUGUUGGUCAACGUGAGCUCCAUGGGCGUUCAGGAUAACUUCCUGAUUGCCAAAGCCAAGUCGGAUGAACCUAAAGAAAAACAGAAGGUUACAAAGAGGGCUGCUGACGAUUCAAAUGGGAAACCAGGAAAGUCAGACACAAAUCAAGAUGAUGAUAAAGACAUCCCAGGAGGUCAGGAAAAUGUACCACCAGCAAAUGAAAAGUCAAACCCUGUUGAGGAUGCUAAGAAACCGGAGGAAACUACAUUCCUGCUGAACAAUUCAGUCAACCCGAUUUUAGCCCUGGACAAAAGGAAUGGCUUAUACAACUUCAGCUUCCGCCUGGUCAUUGGCUCAAAGGAUCAGGGUCUGUACAGCCUGAAGUUCCACUACUGUCGGAACAAGGUGGCCGGAGUCAAGCUGCCUUAUGCCUUGACGUUGGACGUGGUAGAGAAGAACCCAGGGAGCUUCCUGUCUGCAGCCGAAAUCCCCUUGUCUCGUCUUUACAUAUGUAUGGCCGGAGUCUUCUUCGCUGCUGCUAUGGUGUGGGUCUACACGCUCAUGAAGCACAGAUACAGCGUGUUUAAGAUCCACUGGCUGAUGGCUGCACUGGCAUUCACCAAGUCCACAUCUUUAGUUUUCCACAGUAUCAACUACCACUUUAUCAACAUCGAGGGUCAUCCUAUCGAAGGCUGGGCCGUCAUGUAUUAUAUCACACACCUGCUGAAGGGGGCGCUCCUGUUCAUCACGCUGGCACUAAUUGGGACGGGCUGGGCUUUCGUUAAAUACAUCCUCUCUGACAAAGAGAAGAAGAUCUUCAUGAUAGUCAUCCCUCUGCAGGUGCUGGCGAAUGUUGCCUAUAUCAUCAUCGAGUCGACAGAGGAAGGCUCCAGUGAGUACUAUCUGUGGAAGGAGAUCCUCUUCCUGGUGGACCUCAUCUGCUGCGGAGCCAUCCUGUUCCCCGUCGUCUGGUCCAUCCGUCACUUACAGGAGGCUUCCAGCACAGAUGGGAAAGCUGCCAUGAACCUGGAGAAGCUCAAGCUGUUCAGGCAUUACUACGUCAUGAUCGUUUGCUACAUCUACUUCACGAGGAUCAUAGCCAUUUUGCUGAAGAUCACAAUGCCCUUCCAGUGGCAGUGGUGUUACGAGUUUCUGGUGGAAGUGUCCACUCUGAUCUUCUUUGUGCUGACUGGCUACAAGUUCCGACCGGCGUCCAACAACCCGUACCUGCAGCUGCCUCUGGACGAAGAGGACGUGGAGAUGGAUGAAGUAGUGACGGAGUCGGGCGCUCUGGAGGGAAUCUCUAAAGUUAAGAAGACGUCUAACGGACGCGAGCGCCAGAAAGAGCCCACUCUGUGAGCAGGAGGCUGAGUGGGUGGGGGGGACCAGCCGGGGUCGGGGUGGGGGCUCAUAUGGACCAAGACCCCCCACCACCACUUCUGCUGACGGCUCUCUGUUCAAAACUCUUCAAGUGGUUGCAAAGCUUCAUGCCCACUGUCUGGCUAUGCAAAACAUAAAAAAACAACAACAAAAAAGAUGGCUAACAUGACGGAGGUUGUCCAUUUUCUUUUGGGGGUGCUUCACCCAAAACCUGAAGAGCUCCAGGAGGGUUUUUUUUUUUCUGGACGGGUGGGAAAAUGGAACACAGCUCUGAAAUUCUUUUUUCUUCUUCUCUGUUUUUCUCCAAAGCUUGUUAUUAUUAUUAUCAUUAUUAUUAUAGACAAAGACUUGGGUGUGUUUAUGCCAGCUAUGUAAAAACGGUACUCCUGCGUCCUGCAGGUCGCAUCUUUUUUUUUCUUCUUCUUUUUUUUUUUACUGUAACAUGGAACUAACGUAAUGUGACACAAAUCUAGGUUUUCCUGAUUUGGAUGCAAUAGCCCAUUCUCAGGUGAAAAGAAAGAAAGAAAAAUCGUUGUUAUGGAGGAAACAGAGCUUCGUUUCUCACCAAUCACACUGCACCGUACAUAUUUUGCUCAUUGAUUUUUAGGUUGGAAUAAUCAACAGCAGGAUGUUUUAUUUUAUUUUAUUUAAUUUAAUUUGUUUGGUUUCAGUAUGUUGCUGUCUUUUGCGUAUUGAAAUGUUUUCCAGUAUCAUUGUGUGUGUCGGAGGACGAGGCGUUUCCUCCCAGUGUGUCAUUUUGGAGUGCUGCUGUAAUUUAGUGCUUUAGUGGUUGAAGAUAACCUGCUUAUUCCACCUUACUGACUUGAGGACCUUUAAUUAAAGUGACAGUACUUUUAGAUCAGGCACCAGGCUCUAAAGUGACCAGAGCUGUGGCCAGAUAUAUGUAUAUAUAUAUAUGUAUAUAUAUACAUACAUAUUUUUCGGUUAUUUUUGGCACGGCUGAGUCCACUUUACCUACUUUUGGUUUUUAACCAUUUUUUGCUCUUGAUGUGAAGUUUUUGAUUAAUUCCAGUUGACUUCAGCAGCCGGACAGGGUAGAAGAUCAUUCAGUAACAGGUGAUUUGUAAAUAUGACUGUUCAUAAAAGAAGAGACAGAUUACACUUUAUGAACUGCACAGUGUUUCAGGAUGGAUCAGUUUCAGUGAGAUUUUUGAAUCUUUUCUUUUAUUCCUUGAAAUGAACCCCAAUCACAAGAAAAGUGAGACUGAGAUUUAACCACAGUCACUCCUGGUUCACUCCUUGAUCUGCAGUGUUGCCACACAGGCAGCCCGUCUCCACCUGCCGGGAGUCCACAGGUAAACAGUCCGAACAGAUUUACAGGAGUUGGAUAAAGAGAUUUUUUUUUUUUUUUAAUUGUUACAGAAGGUUAAUGGAUGUAAGAAUUGCCACAAUAAAGUUGGAGUUUUUUGAAAGCUC